AUGAAUGGAAUCCAGAUAUCUUCAUGGAAUGGCACAAAUGACUUUUUUAACAAAUCGUGGAGAAUAAAGAAUGAUCAUCAUAUGAUAAAUACAGCGGAAACUGUUAUAAUUCCCUCUUUUAUUGGGAUUAUUUGUUCUACUGGAUUGGCUGGAAAUAUUCUUGUUUUGGUCACAAUAAUAAGAUCUAGAAGAAAAACAAUACCGGACAUCUACAUCUGUAACCUGGCAGUGGCAGAUCUGGUUCACAUCAUUGGAAUGCCAUUUCUUAUCCAUCAGUGGGCUCGUGGAGGAGAAUGGGUAUUUGGAAGUCCUCUCUGUACUAUAAUCACAUCUCUGGACACUUGCAAUCAGUUUGCUUGUACAGCCAUUAUGACAGCAAUGAGCUUGGACAGAUAUAUGGCCCUCGUUCAACCAUUUAGGCUUACAAGUUUGAGAACAAUAUCAAAGACGAUCCGAAUAAAUAUACUUCUAUGGGCAGCUUCUUUUGUGGUAGUUUUUCCUGUCUGGGUGUAUUCUAAGGUUAUCCAGUUCAAAGAUGGAUUAGAAAGCUGUGCUUUUGAUUUAACAACACCUGAUGAUGUUCUCUGGUACACGCUUUAUUUGACAAUCACAACUUUCUUCUUUCCAUUACCGCUUAUAGUUGCUUGUUACAUUUUAAUUCUCUGCUACACCUGGGAGAUGUAUCAUCAAAAUAAAACUGCAGGACGAUACAACAACAGUUUACCAAGACAAAGAGUUUUACGGUUAACGAAGAUGGUUCUCGUGUUGGUGGGCGUUUACAUUGUCAGUUCAGCCCCUUAUCAUGUGAUACAGAUUGUGAACCUUCAGAUUUCUAAGCCCUCACUGACUUUUUAUGUGAGCUAUUAUUGCUCUAUUUGUCUAAGCUACGCUAGCAGUGGUGUAAAUCCAUUCUUAUAUGUGCUUCUUAGUGGAAAUUUCCGCAAAAGACUUACUGAAUGCACCAAAGUCAAAAUCAAAAUGUCUGACCGUGAACUAAACUAUAUUGACAAUACACUAAAAUCUAGCUUUUAG